CGCGGGCGGGAGCGGCGGCCAUGGCGGCGGUGCUGGCGCGGGGGCUGGUGCGGGGCGCGCUGCGCCCGGGGCAGGCCGUAAGCCCCGUGUUCGCUCAGCUGCAGCGGUGCAGGUCAGCACCCAGCGGGCGGGAUGGGGAGGUGGGCAAGGCGCACCGGGCAGCAGUGGGCAGCGAAGAGGCAGGAGGGCAGCCCACCAUCUUCAGCAARAUCAUUGACCGCACCAUCCCCGCCACCAUCCUCUAUGAAGAUGACAAGUGCCUGGUUUUCCGUGAUGUGGCUCCCCAAGCCCCYGUGCACUUCCUGGUGAUCCCCAAGCGCCCCAUCCCCCGGAUCAGUCGYGUGGGUCCCCAAGACACUGAGCUUCUGGGGCACUUGAUGGUGGUGGCAGCACGCACGGCGCAGGCAGAAGGGCUGGCUGAUGGCUACCGCCUYGUGAUCAACGAUGGGAAGCACGGCGCACAGUCUGUCUACCACCUGCACCUCCAUGUACUGGGGGGGCGGCAGAUGGGCUGGCCUCCUGGCUAACCCCCACUGUCCCCCAAUAAAGCAUCUCCUUGGUGGCAACUUCACUCUSCAUCAGGGUGGCUUU